CCCCUGGAUGCCGCUUUGCCCCGGCGCGGCCGCCGCCGAUCGCAGCACAGGAGCCACCGCCGCCGCCGCCGCCGCCGCGGUUGAUGUGGUUGGCCCAGGGCUGAGGAGGCCGCCAAGAUGCCGCAGUCCAAGUCCCGGAAGAUCGCGAUCCUGGGCUACCGGUCUGUGGGGAAAUCCUCAUUGACGAUUCAGUUUGUUGAAGGCCAAUUUGUUGACUCCUACGAUCCAACCAUAGAAAACACUUUCACAAAAUUGAUCACAGUAAAUGGACAAGAAUAUCAUCUUCAACUUGUAGACACAGCUGGGCAGGAUGAAUAUUCCAUCUUUCCUCAGACAUACUCCAUAGAUAUUAAUGGUUAUAUUCUUGUGUAUUCUGUUACAUCAAUCAAAAGUUUUGAAGUGAUCAAAGUUAUCCAUGGCAAGUUGUUGGAUAUGGUGGGGAAAGUGCAAAUACCUAUUAUGUUGGUUGGAAAUAAGAAAGACCUACAUAUGGAAAGGGUGAUCAGUUAUGAAGAAGGGAAAGCGUUAGCAGAAUCUUGGAACGCAGCUUUUUUGGAAUCUUCUGCUAAAGAAAAUCAGACUGCUGUUGAUGUUUUUAGAAGGAUAAUUUUGGAGGCAGAAAAAAUUGAUGGGGCCGCUUCACAAGGGAAGUCUUCCUGCUCAGUGAUGUGAUUCUACUGCAGAACCUGAGGACACUGGGGAUCCAUCCUACCUGAGGAAGCAAACUGCCCAUUACCCUUUAAGAUAAACUCUGCUUCAUUUUUCUUCUGUUAACCUGAAAGAUUUCAUUUGGGUCAGAGCUUCUCCCCCACCCGCCCCUUUCAGAUUAUGUUAAACUCUGACUGUCCAAAUGAGUUCACUUCCAUUUUCAAAUUUUAAGCAAUCAUAUUUUCAAUUUAUAUAUUGUAUUUCUUAAUAAUAUUAUGACCAAGAAUUUUAUCGCAUUAAUUUUUCAGUGUAGUUUGUUGUUUAAAAUAAUGUAACCAUCAAAAUGAUGCAGAUUGUUACACUACUGCUAACUAGGCUUCAUGUAUCAGUGUUUAUUUCAUUGUGUUAAAUGUACACUUGUAAAUAAAAUAGCUGCAAACCUUAA